AUGAGGCGCGGGAAGGUGCAGCUGAAGCGGAUCGAGAACAAGAUCAACCGCCAGGUGACCUUCUCCAAGCGCCGCUCGGGGCUGCUCAAGAAGGCGCACGAGAUCUCCGUGCUCUGCGAUGCCGAGGUCGCGCUCAUCAUCUUCUCCACCCAGGGCAAGCUCUACGAGUACUCCACCGAUUCAUGUAUGGACAAAAUUCUUGAACGGUAUGAGCGCUACUCCUAUGCAGAAAAGGUUCUCAUUUCAGCAGAAUCUGAUACUCAGGGCAACUGGUGCCACGAAUAUAGAAAACUAAAGGCGAAGAUCGAGACAAUACAGAAAUGUCAAAAGCACCUCAUGGGAGAGGAUCUUGAAACUUUGAAUCUCAAAGAGCUUCAGCAACUAGAGCAGCAGCUGGAGAGUUCACUGAAACAUAUCAGAACCAGGAAGAGCCAGCUUAUGCUCGAGUCAAUUUCACAGCUCCAACGGAAGGAGAAGUCACUGCAGGAGGAGAACAAGGUUCUGCAGAAGGAGCUCGCGGAGAAGCAGAAAGCCCAGCGGCAGCAAGUGCAACGGGACCAAACUCAACAGCAGACCAGUUCGUCUUCCUCGUCCUUCAUGAUAAGGGAAGCUGCCCCAACAACAAAUAUCAGGAAGCAACUGACAAGAAAAAUGACCGUCCGGUUUUUGCAGCAUCUUCCCUGUGGCAGCAGGUGGGAGAGUGGUGGAAGCGGCAGCAGCGCAGCCGCAGGCUCGCGUUGGACUGCCACCAUGGAUGCUUAG